AUGCAUUCCUCCUUGCGACUAUGCGGGAAACGGGAGCGGCCGGCACUGAGGACGACCAGUGCCCCAGAGGCCCCCGAACGUUGUCCAUCAGUGUUUUUGCUCACCGACCGCGACAGCGGCCUUCGAUUCCUCGUGGACACCGGCGCUGAGGUGAGCGUGUUGACGGUUGGGUCCACCGAUUGCCGUGUCCCCAGUGCGGCCCACCUUCAGGCGGUCAACAACACAACCAUCGCCACCUACGGACAUCGCUCGCUGCCACUCGAUUUAGGCUUGAACAGAACGUUCCGGUGGAUAUUCAUCGUGGCAGCAGUGAAGUUUGCCAUCUUGGGUGCGGACUUUCUUCGGCAUUUCGGCCUUCUCGUCGACGUGUGCAACCGCCGCCUUCACAAUCCCGUGUCGCAGGCAACUCUGCUAGGCAGUCCCUCGCAACACCCUCCGCUGAGCCCCACUGCUCGGGCCGUCCGGUGCAGAACGUUUUACUCGCAUUCUACAGGAGUUUCCCGAGUUGACGAGGCAGCCGCCAGCCAGCGCCCCGGUGAAGCACGAGGUACGCCCCCAGGCAGCACAGCACAUUGGGCGCUGAACCAGGUAACGACUCCAGACAGGUACCCGGUACCGCAAAUACACGACGUCACGACGAGGCUUCACGGUGCCACUAUCUUCUCGAAGCUCUACCUGAUGCGGGCAUACCAUCAGAUUCCCGUUGCCCCAGAGGACGUCCCGAAGACCGCCAUCGCAACGCCUUUCGGACUUUUCGAAUUCCUCCGAAUGCUAUUCGGACUACGAAACGCGGGUCAGACGUUCCAGCGGUUCAUGGACGGUGCUAUACGCGGUCUCAACUUCUGCCAGGCCUAUCUUGACGACUUGCUAGUCGCCAGCAGCACUCCGGAAGAGCACGUGAAUCAUCUGCGCAUCGUCUUCCAGCGCUUAGUGGAGCAUGGCGUGGUCGUUAACGUGGCCAAAUGCGAGCUUGGUGUGCGACAGCUCUCGUUUCUUGGACACGUCAUCUCCGCCUCAGGAGUUCUUCCUCAACCCAACAAGGUUAAAGCUGUCGAACAGUUCCCACAAGCCAACACUAAACGUCAGCUCAGUGAGUUCCUUGGUCUCGUGAACUACUAUCGCCGUUUCAUCCCCCAGUGUGCCACUAUUCUACAACCUCUCCACCUCCUGCUGUCGACACACGAAGGUGCCGCUAAGGAUACCAAGGAUGCCGCUAAGGAGCUCUACUGGACGGAGGGCGCCCAAGCGGCCUUCCAAGAGAUCAAGAGAUGUCUUGCCGACGCCGCGCUCCUCACUUACCCGCAACCGGGAGUUCCGCAGUGCGUCAUGGUCGACGCAUCGAACGUAGCUCGGUACGGCACGUUCGGGCGCGAACUGCUGGCACUCUACGCGACAAUCCGGCACUUCCGGCAUUACUUAGAAGGCACCGAAUUCUUUGUCUUGACGGACCACAAGCCUCUCAUGUAUGCCUUGCGGUCGCUGAAUGCUGAGGGGGGCGCCUUUACAGCCCGCGAACUGCGGCAGAUGUCAUACAUAUCUGAAUUUACCACGGACAUCCGCCACGUCAAAGGCGGCGACAACGAGGUAGCGGACGCCCUCUCACGGAAUCCUCUGAACGCCAUCACGCCCACACUACCGGUUGAUUUUCCCGCUUUGGCAGCCGUUCAACGUGAAGAUGACGAACUGAAACACCUAUUGACCGCGACCACUGCCCUGAAUCUUGAGUGGAUCCCAGUUCCCGGAUCCGAGGACAAGCUGCCGGGAGAGUUCUUUCCGCGCGGCUCAGAGGAGGCAUCCAUAGCUUCCAGCGACUAUGCACUUCGCCUACGCAACGUCAUGAGCAAAUUGCGCGUGGUACCUCCACGGCCCCCAGAGUCGCGUGUGGUGCACGUCGACCCACAACUCACAUCGUGCCCAUAUGUGCUUGUACGACACGACGCGGUUCGGCGAUCUCUUCAGCCACCCUAUGAUGGGCCGUUUCAAGUCCUCCGCCGUGGCAACAAACAAUUCACAAUCAAGAGAAGCGGCCGUGAGGAGUUGGUGCCGUUGGACCGCAUCAAGCCAGCACACAUGGACCGUGACGACGCCGUGUUGCCUCCACUAAGGGAAUCACCGCCAGAACCCCCAGCUUCAAUGCCAGCCCAAGUCCACGAGGUGCCCUCCCGGCUGACGCACAGCGGGCGGCUAUUAAGAGCACCCACUCGCCUGGACCUUUAA